CGGAGGGCUGCGGGCAGCGGGCUGCGGGCUCCCCCCGCUCGGCUGCGGCCGCCGGCGCCCGUUCCUCUGCAGCAGCGUCCCUCAUCCCCCCCACCCCACCCCGGGCCUCCUUUUUCUUCUCUAUUUUUUAUUUUUCCCCCUCUUUUUCUCCACCCACCCCCCCGCCCAUCUUCCUCCCCCCCCUCCCCGCCGCCCGCGGAGCUCCCUCAUCCCUCCGCGACUUCCCGCAUGACUGUCACCAAGGGUCGAGGAGCGCCCACGUUUCCCUGAGCCCCGCGUCCGUUCCUGGGUGUCAGGAAGCGCCCGACGAGCCCGCGGAGCAGAGCAGGGCAGAGCUCUUGUCGAGUCAAUGAGAGACCUCCACAAGUCUAGCGUGCUGGGGAGCAAGCACGGCAGCCUGAUGUCAUGGCGCCCGCAGUACCGCAGCUCCAAGUUUCGGAAUGUCUACGGGAAGGUGGCGAGCCGGGAGCACUGCUUCGACGGCAUCCCCAUCACCAAGAACGUCCACGACAACCACUUCUGUGCCGUCAACGCCCGCUUCCUUGCCAUCGUGACAGAGAGUGCCGGCGGGGGGUCCUUCCUCGUCAUCCCCCUCGAGCAGACAGGCCGGAUCGAACCAAACUACCCCAAGGUUUGUGGUCACCAGGGCAACGUGCUGGACAUCAAGUGGAAUCCCUUCAUUGAGAACAUCAUUGCAUCAUGCUCCGAAGACACCUCGGUGCGGAUCUGGGAGAUCCCUGAGGGAGGCCUGAAGAGGAACAUGACGGAGGCUGUCCUGGAGCUGUAUGGGCACAGCCGGCGCGUCGGCCUCGUCGAGUGGCAUCCCACCACCAACAACAUCCUCUUCAGCGCGGGCUAUGACUAUAAGGUCCUCAUCUGGAACCUGGACAUUGGGGAGCCGGUGAAGAUGAUCGAUUGCCACACAGAUGUCAUCCUCUGCAUGUCUUUCAACACCGAUGGCAGCCUCCUGGCCACCAGCUGCAAGGACAAGAAGCUGCGGGUCGUGGAGCCGCGCUCCGGCAGGGUCCUGCAGGAGGCCAGCUGCAAGAACCACCGUGUCAACCGGGUGGUCUUCCUGGGCAGUACAAAGCGGCUGCUGACGACAGGGGUGUCGCGCUGGAACACGCGACAGAUUGCCCUCUGGGACCAGGAAGACCUGUCCAUGCCCCUGAUAGAGGAGGAGAUCGAUGGGCUCUCAGGUCUCCUCUUCCCUUUCUAUGAUGCCGACACUCACAUGCUGUACUUGGCUGGCAAGGGUGAUGGCAACAUUCGGUACUAUGAGAUCGGCUCGGAAAAGCCCUACUUGAGUUAUCUCAUGGAGUUUCGCUCCCCAGCACCUCAAAAAGGACUGGGGGUGAUGCCGAAGCAUGGGCUGGACGUGUCGGCCUGCGAGGUCUUUCGGUUCUACAAGCUCGUCACCCUCAAGGGGCUGAUCGAACCCAUCUCGAUGAUUGUGCCGAGGAGGUCAGAAACAUACCAAGAGGACAUUUACCCGAUGACUCCGGGUACGGAGCCAGCCCUCACGCCGGAUGAAUGGCUGAGUGGGGUGAACAGAGAUCCCAUCCUGAUGUCGCUGAAGGAGGGCUACAAGAAGACAUCCAAAAUUGUCUUUAAGGCACCAGUGAGGGAGAAGAAGAGCGUCGUCGUUAAUGGCAUAGACCUGCUGGAGAACGUGCCGCCCCGGACGGAGAACGAGCUCCUUCGGAUGUUCUUCCGGCAGCAGGACGAGAUCCGGCGGCUGAAAGACGAGCUCUCGCAGAAAGACAUACGGAUCCGACAGCUACAGCUGGAGUUAAAAAACUUGCGUAACAGCCCGAAGAAUAAUUAACUUCCAGGGACGUUUUAUAAAUAAACUUUCUUUGUUUAUACUUGCUCUUUAAUUUUAUUGUAUCCACUUACACAGAAUAUGAGCCAGAAGUCAAGUGACCUGCCAAGAGCCCACUCGCUAACUGGAAAUACGUCCUCCUAGUCUUGUCUAGCACUAAAACCGCUAUAACUGAAGGCUACUGCAUGAGAGGCAGCUGGGGCAUCCGCGUGCCCCAGCGAUGGUCUUGGAGUAAGUAGACGAGUUGUGUCCCCUCCGUCGGGAAUAACCGGCACAGGGGAGCCGAGGCGGCGGCGACUCCCUGGGAAGGCGCGAUGCUUUGUUGCUAUUAAUUUUUUUCCUAUGCAAAAAUGUGACAGCGGGUGCAGAACUGGAACGGGGUGCGGGAAGGGCUUAAUUCACAAAAGCAUGCUGCCACGGCAGUGGCCCGGGACCCUUCCCAUGGCGGUGGUGCUGCCGGGUGGGCUCCGGAAUGGCCGGGCUUUGGCAGGAGCAGCCUGUGAGCGUCCCCAGGCUACAGCCUGGGGAAGGGAGCUGCUCCAUGUGCAUGCAUGUGUGCGUGCGUGCAUCCGUGCACAUGCACCUGUAGCCUUCUUUCUUUAAAAAAAAAAAAAGAGGCUGGGUUUUCUAAGCAGGGAUGGAUUUUUGCUCCCUCUGCAAAGAGGGACUUACCCUCCUCCAGUCUGCUGGGACAUGUGCCAGUGCCACAGGGAGGGGGGAAGGAUGCUACCCGGCUCGCCCUGAGGGUCCCCAGGCAGACACCAUGGUGCUGCCCCAAGGGAUGGACCCAGGGGAUGCUGAAACUUUGUGGGUGCUCGAUGGGCUCAGCACACGUGUACAAUCACAAGUUUUUGUGGAUUAGGCCUGUAGCACAGGGAACGACACCAAAUACUGCUAGUUUACCUAUAUAUAUAUUUUCACUAAAUCAAGUUGCUGAUCUGCCCAGCACUACCAGUGCAAUGGUUUCUCCUCUCUGUUAAUUCACAUCGUGCCCUGCACCCACUGCUUCCCCCUCUUUACGUUCAAUGUGCUGUCAUUGCCUAUUAUUUAUGCUACCACAGAAUAGUGAUGAAAUAAAACGUUUUCAAGAUACCAAAA